GUGAACUAUGAAGAACAAAAACGUUAUAAAAACUACGAAGAAACUAAAAAUAUACAAUUUAAAUUUAUCCAAAAAUUAUUUCCUAUUGUCUUAUAAUAACAACUUGGCUAUCAUCAACAGCCAGCCUUUGGAGACCCUGCUGUCAGUCGACCUAAACGGUAAAUUAUCAAACAGUAGAUUAUUCAAUAAUACUAAUUGCUUACUAUUGAUUGGUAACCAGCAUGAUUCCGCUUUUUCCCCUAAUAAGUUGGUUUUAUAUGACGUCACCACUCAACUUGUCAUAUCUACCAUUGAAUUCAAUCAAUUCAUUUCCAACAUUGAAACCUCCGGUGAAUUUGUCAUCAUUUCUAUUGAUAAUACUAUCUUCCUCUUCCGAUUAUCGAAUAACUACUCAAUUGAACGUCUUUUCAGCUCAAGUUGUCAUUCAAAUAGUCCUUUAGCUAUUAACUUCUAUAACAAUCGCCUGAUAACUCUGGCCGCCGGUAACAAAUUUGGCCACCUACAGUUAAUAACCCACUCUAUCAACCUCACUUCAACAAAGUUCAUACAAGCUCACUCGUCAAAACUGUCAGCUUUAGCUUUGUCUUCUGAUAACAGUCUCUUUGCGACCUCAUCAGUAACAGGAACAGUUGUUAGGAUUUGGGAUACAAAUUCCUGUAAAGCUAUCCAUCAGCUAAGAAGAGGCUCUGAUUUAGCUAAAAUUUUCUCCUCUUCAAUAGCCUUCUCUCCUGAUUCAAUUCACUUUGCGUUAAUAUCUGAUAAAGGCACGAUACACCUCUGGGAUUUAACUAAACAGCCUACAUCUUCAUAUUCUUACCUAUCACACAAAUACUUCACUCCGAAGAGAUCAAAUGCACAAUUUCACCUUCCUUUGUUGGAUAGACACGCUAAGCACUCUCCUUUUGUCACAUCAUCGCAGAAUUAUGCACAAUUUGACGACUUUGAAGAGUCAUUCAAUCUUUCUUGGGAAUCUAACAACGUUAUUGUCAUCGCAUCGACGUUUGGUAGGCUAUUCAGACUAUCGAUACCGACUAAUGUUGAUGAUAAUCAAUUACAACUACUGGAUUUUAGGAGCUUCUCAAAACUACUAUAAGCCAACGCUUACAAUUACAACAUUUCAUUAUAUACCUUUGUCAUUACUAUCGUUAUAUCAUUUCCUAUCAUGAAUGCAUAAGCUGGCGACGUCUCCUGAUUUUGUGACCUCCAUGAUCACACCUAAUACAUCAAAACUAACGAGC